AUGGCAAUCAUAAGAUUUUUUUCUCAGUUUUCAAGGAACUUAGAGACUCUUGUUGAAAACAUCGCAGAUAUUUUGAUCAUGGAUAUUGGAAGGAGGAACACUCGGAAAUAUAGUUUCAGAUGUCCUGAUCUGAUGGAAUUAAGGAAGUUCUAUGAUGCUGUCUACCGGUGCUUCACUUUCACUGAAUAUCAGUUGUUGCCCACCAUGGAAGAGUAUGCUUAUCUUUUGGGUAUACUAGUUUAUGAUAUAGUUACUUUUAUUGGGGUGGAAGGAAUUCUUGAAUCUCGGGUUAUUGCUGAAGUCAUUCACCUGAGAAAGUUUGACAUACACGCUAAUCUCACUGUCAGAGGAAAUAUCAGAGGGUUGACUUCGAAGUUUCUAUUGGAAAAUGACUUUUCUUCUAAUAAUGCUAAUAGUGUUGUGGAAUUCAAAACUAUUCUUUCCUUACUUGUCUAUGGUUUGGUUUUGAAUCCAGAUCCAACUCUGCUCGGUGAUACUUAUUUCUCCAUUCAUCAUAUGACUUCUAAAGAAGGUGGAACUAUAGUGUAUUUUGCGCCUUUACUGUACAAGUGGUUUAUUUCGCGCUUUCCAGAGUCUUCUAUCUUCCAAGAAAACAAGGAUUGUUUAAGGUGGUCCCAAAGACUCAUGUAUCUCGCCAAUGAUGACAUUACUUGGUACUCUUCUAUUUACGACGACGUCGAGAUUACUGAUAGUUAUGAGGAGUUCUCUAAUGUGCCUUUUCUUCGUACACAAGGAGGGAUCACCUACAAUCCAGCUCUGGCAAGACGUAAACUUGGGAAAGGAAAAGGUGAGCCUGGAUUAAGGAAUUGUGUAGCUUUGGAGCCUUAUACUAGUUGGAUGAAAAAGAGAGCAAAGGAAUUCAAAAUGCCAGACGCUUAUAAAAGACCUAUGUCCUUAGUAAUGGUCAAAUCUCCCAAUAUUAAAGGCAUAGAGGAGCUGCAAGAGGCUUUGGAUAGGAUGAAGCAAGAGAGGGAUGAUUUGGAAAGCAAAUUUCACACCUCAAACCUUGAGAAAGUAGAAUUGCAGAAGUAA